UGGCAGCGACGUGGCAGCGCGCAUGCGCAAACUCUAACCGGCUGUAACAGAGAGAGGAAACAGUGCAAGAGACGCGACAUUUACUGAAAGAAUUAAAGCCUAAAGUGUAGAAAUUAUCGAAUUAUAAUGGGUUUAACAAUUUCAUCCAUCUUCGGGAGACUUUUUGGGAAGAAGCAGAUGAGAAUAUUAAUGGUGGGUUUGGACGCAGCAGGAAAAACAACAAUACUGUACAAACUGAAGCUGGGAGAAAUCGUCACAACCAUUCCUACCAUCGGGUUUAACGUGGAGACGGUGGAGUACAGGAACAUCUGCUUCACCGUGUGGGAUGUUGGUGGUCAGGAUAAAAUCCGUCCGCUGUGGAGACACUACUUCCAGAACACUCAGGGUCUGAUCUUCGUGGUGGACAGUAAUGACCGAGAGAGAGUGGCCGAGUCUGCUGAUGAGCUCUCCAAAAUGCUGCAGGAAGACGAGCUGAGGGACGCCGUGCUGCUGGUGUUCGCUAACAAACAGGAUCUGCCCAACGCCAUGCCGGUCAGCGAGCUCACAGAUAAACUGGGCCUGCAGAGUCUGCGCAGCCGAACGUGGUACGUUCAGGCCACGUGCGCUACACAGGGAACCGGGCUGUAUGAAGGACUGGACUGGUUAUCCAACGAGCUGUCCAAACGCUAGUGCUGUCCAUCACCUCACACACACACACACACCGAGAGAGAGAGAGAGCGAGAGAGAGAGAGCACGCUGGAGUUUUCAGAUCAUUACUCUAUAGACUCUGUUAUAAAGAGAGAGAGAGAGUGUGUGUGUGUGUGUGUGUGUGUGUGUGCGCGUGUGUGUGUGAGUGAGAGAGAGAUGCGGUGAUGAGGCGCCAUGUCUGUCUUUACUUUUUUACACUUCAUUUCUCUUUUUGCUGCGUCUGAAUCACGGUGUUUUAUAUGUGAUGAUGCUUUAAACUGCAUGUUCACUGAUAACUGUGAGAGAUUCAUCAGACCUCACGACCUUCGCAUUUUAACGUCGGAGUACACUGCUACGAGUUAUCACUCAAAAAUACUCCGAAGUCUUCUUUUCCCCCCCAAAUAAAAACAGCAGAUGAGUCAGUCGACGUAUGAAUCUGGAAUGAUUGACAGUUGCGUAGGUUUUGAACUCUCUGAUAUUACCUGUCCCUCUGGAAGCCCCGCCCCCUUCCUCCAUCUCACCUUAGUAAUCUCUCGUCUCGUAUUGAUUUUCCCGAUGGAGAGAUACGCAGACGCAAAGUCCUCACUUUCUGUCGCUGGAAACAGAAAUUAAACCUGACAGUGUGUGUUCCACUCAGCUAAGAUUACACACAGAUUAUAUCUAAUAUUAUAUCAUCAGUAAAUUAAACGGGAUUUAUUAGGGAUUAACUGAAGAUUUUUGGCCAAAAAGAAAAAAAAAUGGACGGGAAAAAAGAUUAAAUAGUCUUACACCAAAGCGUCAGCGCCGUCACUCGCCUGUUUUAGUUCAACUACAAAGAAAGAAAGUGAAAUUUCUCUAGUCUCUACAUUUUAACUAAAACAAAGAAGUGGCAGCUUUUUUCCCCCGACAUGCCUGUGUGUGUAGAACCCUCGCACACACACACACACACCUUACACACAUCUUACACAGACCUUACACACAUCUUACACAGACCUUACACACAUCUUACACAGACCUUACACACACCUUACACACAUCUUAUACACACCUUACACACACCUUACACACAUCUUACACAGACCUUACACACACCUUACACACAUCUUAUACACACCUUACACACACCUUACACACAUCUUAUACACACCUUACACACACCUUACACACAUCUUAUACACACCUUACACACAUCUUAUACACACCUUACACACAUCUUAUACACACCUUACACACGCACCUUACACACAUCUUAUACAGACCUUACACACACCUUACACACAUCUUAUACAGACCUUACACACAUCUUAUACACACCUUACACACACCGUACUCACACACCUUACACACGCACCUUACACACACCUUACACACACCUUACACACAUCUUAUACACACCUUAUACACACCUUACACACAUCUUAUACACACCUUACACACACCGUACUCACACACCUUACACACAUCUUAUACACACCUUACACACAUCUUAUACACACCCUACACGCACCUUACACAGACCUUACACAAGUGAUUCAUGAAAGGAUGAUAUUGAAAAUGAACCUGUGUGUUCUUCCUCUUUGGGGUUGUCAUGUCUGCUCUGUGCAAAUGAAAUGUUCUUUAUUUUUAGAUAAUUUUUUAAUCUGAUGCUCACUUGAACAUCUGAAUUGUUGAUUUUCUGCAGCAGGAUGUCCCUGAUGGACACGAAGCAUUAAAAAUAAAGUUGUACAGAUGCAUUUUCUGUCAAAAAUAAUCAACUAUAAUGUGGUUUAAAUUAAAAUUUCCUAAUCAUCCACGCAGUAUGAAUAUUUAAGCUGUACAGUCGUAUGAUUAUAGACUCCAGAAUUUCCUUGAUGCAUGUAUUAGAGUUAAAGUUACUUCCUGUCUGUGAGAAAGCGUCUCUCUUCUCCCAGAAUAAACAGCUGGAACUCUGAGCCCCUUUUCCACACACGAGUGUGUUUCACAGCGUGCUCGUGUGUUACAGAUCAUCACCUCGACCUGUCCAGGUGUGUAGCUGUAAAUCUGACAGGUGCACAGAACAGCCUCGUCCUCCUGUGAUGUGCGUCAGAAAUGACCUGGAGGACAGACCGUGAUAACGCAAUAGGAUGUGUGAUGUGAUGUGAUGUUCUUUCCUCGUUGUGUUUUAGUUUUAAUGUUAGCUGAAGAUUCAUGUUUGUUUCAUUUUCAUUGCUUCUUUUCUUAAAUAAAUUUUUUUCCUGAA